AUGGUCGACCACCGCCGCAACAAGUCUUCGAGGUCGACGACCGAUGACCAGGAAGAACUCAUUCCCUAUGAGGAUCUCGGCCCAGACCCCCUGGCACGUCUCGACAUGAGGGGAGUCAAUGGCCCUUCUCAGAACCCCCCGUCCCGCCCUAUGGGACAGGGACAAUACGGCUCUUUCAAAGUACGCACGAGGGCCCCAAGGAUGACUUUCCCCGACUCUUACACGGACACUGGUUCUACCAACACCGCAACCAAGGGCAUCAACGGUGAAGACUGGGCGCGUACGCGCCGCUUCGACUCGAGUUUUAGCUCUCGUCUCCGCAACCAGCAACCCCAGCCCCUCACUAUUUCGACUGGCGCCGUAGGCUUUGUGCCACGCACUGCUGUGAUCACUCAUGGCAUCCGCUCCACGUCGUCCCACAACUUGCCCCCUACUCCGUCCACGCUGAGCCCCUGGAUUUCCGUUGGCAAGGAGAACAAUAUCCCGCAUAGCCCAGCCACUAUCAAGAAGAAGAGGGAGUGCUUCAUCAAGUAUGCUGCCGAUCCCUUCGCGAAGCUGGACGACUUGACCCCCGGAUUUGAACCGUCGCGGUCUCCUCUCUGCAUCGUCGAGGAGCCCCAGCCCCACUUUUCCGACAGCGAGGAUGAUGACAAGCCCAACCAGGACAACAAGGAGGACAACAAGGAAGACAACAAGGACAACAAGGAACACAACAAGGACGACAACAAGGACAACAAGCUUGCCAAGUGGUUCUCCUCCAUUGGUCGCGGGCGUGGUCCCCGUCCCAGUCUCGCCGAGCAGCAGCAGACUGAACCCAAGUACAGGCGCCGCAAGCUCACGGGAAUUCUCCGCGGCACUACGAAGGACAACAUCACGGCACUUGGCACCACUGAUGCCCCCCGCCCUCGUGCCAACACCACCCUUAUUGAAGCUAGCCCCGCGGCCGUCAUCAUCAAUGGACGUCCCAACACCAUGCCAACCACCGAGCUUGAGCUCGCCUCCAUGGCAGUUGGUCGCGCCAUGUGA